AUGGGUAAUGGUACUGAAGGUCCGAAACUCUUCGUCAACAAACCCAAGAAGGGGCAGUUGAAGAAGGUUGAGCAUCAGCAGCAACCCUCCUCAUCGAUGGCGUCGUCAGCUCCACCACCAGGGUCAGCAGCUGCGGCGGCGGCUCCCUCACCUCGGCCACCCAAGGAAUCUUUCCUCCGACGCUACAAGUUCGUUGUGCCUCUUCUCUUGGCCGUCAAUUUAUCCGUCGGAGCUUAUCUUUUUAUGAGGACAAAGAAGAAAGAUGUAGUAGUAGACGAGAAAGAAGUGCCUAAUGUUCCUUCAGCACGUGCAUCAACUAGUAUACCAAAUGCUACAGUUACUGAGAAGCCGGCACCUGUUGUUGCUUUGACUUCAGCAGUUGUUACACCUCCAAAGCCACGUGAACCAAUACCCGAGAAUGAGCAACGAGAGCUGUUCAAGUGGUUAUUAGAAGAGAAGAGAAAACUGAAGCCAAUUGAUUCUGCAGAGAAGAAACGUAUCGAUGAGGAAAAAGCCAUUCUGAAAGAGUUCAUUCGAGCCAAAUCGAUCCCAAGUUUGUAA